AUGUAUCUUCAGUUUUACAUAAACGAUAAUGGUGACAAAGUCUACACCACCAAGAAAGAAUCACCUUUGGGUUCGCCUACUGAAUCUGCUCACCCAGUCCCAAGUGAGAAUGAGUCCGGACUCGAAGACAGGAGAGAAGAGGGAAGUGACUUUUAUAGUCAUCGCAUCCGCAGACUCACACUGAUAAAGAUUUACACAUACGUGAAUGUUGACGUCUCUGUAACAUAA